UAGACGCCGCGUUUGCUUUCCUCUGAGUUGCUCGUUUGUUUGUGUGCGUGCGUUUAUGGCUGACCCAAACCCGAGUCCACUGGCUCGUGUGAUAUUGCAGCAGUGUCUGCACGCGCAGCUGCAAGUGAAGCCUGCUGAGCCAGAUUCCGAAGCCAGAUGGGUAGAGAUCCACCGUGGUCUUAUUAUCUAUGUAUGUUUCUUCAAAGGGGCCAGUGAAGAUAUUAUUCCCAAAAUGGUCAAUACAAUCCUGAAUGUGAAAUUAAGUGAAUGCGAAGAUGGCAAAUACGUGUCUGUUUUGGAUUUGCCAGGCAGCAUACUUGUAAUACCACAAGCCACACUGGGUGGUAAAUUGAAAGGAAGAAGAAUGCAAUAUCAUGCCAACAUUGAAAAAGAAAUUGGGCUAGAACUCUAUUCCCAGUUUGUGAUUCAAUGUGAAAAGGAACUGGCUGCUAAUGUCAAAUGUGCAGAAGCUGGUGUAGUCCUGAAGCAUGGCACAUAUGGAAACCGACAAGUAUUAAGAGUAGAUACAAAUGGACCUUUCACCCAUCAGAUUGAGUUUUGAGACAUGUGCUACAGAAGACGCUUCCUGCUGGGACAACAGCCCUGCAGACCAAUUUGAUGCAAUGUGUGGUAUAUGGUCUGAGCACUGACAGGCUGACCCCCUGAUGUGGUCCGGCAGCAGCCUGCGGAGCUGGCCUGGAUGAGGGCUCUGCGUCAGAGACAGAGAUGGGGUCAGGGCCAUCUGGGAGCGAUGCGCGGACUCCGGAGCCUCCAGAGGCGGACAGCAGAGAGGCAGAGGAACAGGAGGAACCUGUUCCUAGUGCACGCAUGCAAAGAGCUGCCAGAAGGCCGCGGUGUGGCUCAGGCUGUAAGAAGCCUGUUAUUAAAACACAGCUGCCUGCAAUUACUGCAGGUUCUAGUCCCACCAGGUCCAAGGUUGACUCAGCCUUCCAUCCUUUAUAAGGUAGGUAAAAUAAGGACCCAGAUUGUUGGGGGGGCAAUAGGUUGACUUUGUAAAUAUACAAAUAGAAUGAGACUAUUGCCUUACACACUGUAAGCCGCCCUGAGUCUUCGGAGAAGGGCAGGAUAUAAAUGUAAACAACAACAAAAAAAAGAGCAGCUAAAGCAAAAAGGAUGACUCGAGAGUAAGGCCAGGAGAUGAUUGGUCCCUCCCAUAAGGCUUAAAAGAGCAGCAGCGGUUCUUGGAUGCUUUGUAGGAAAGCAACGUUGCUACAAUUGUUUCUUGUCUCCUGUUUCUGAACUUUGUUCUUGCCAAGAAAAGCCUUUGGCAGGGUGCCAAAGAAGACAAAGGUUUGUGAUAAGUCUGAAGGACUUUGUUUUGGACUUAAUUUGGACUAUGCUGAGAAUGAAGUAAUUCUCAGCUGUUCUAAUAAAAUAUGUUUGUUUAGGACAGAUUGUGUCUGGUAAUAACUGCUUGGGCAUAGGUCACAACACCCCCCACCCCUUCAACCUCUGCAGCAAUGCUGGCAGCACUCGUACGUCUAUUUCCCAAAGCCAAUCUCUGGAUAUGAUGCUGAGCACAGACACUAAACUUCUUUGGUCGACCAUGGUGAGGCCUGUUCUGAGUGGAGCCUGUCCUGUUAAACCACUGUAUGGUCUUGGCCCCUGUGCUGCAGGUCAUUUUCAGGAUCUUGGCAAUCUCCUUAUAGCCUAGGCCAUCUUUAUGUAGAGCAACAAUUGUUUUUUCAGAUCCUCAGAGAGUUCAUUGCCAUGAGAUGCCAUGUUGAAUUUUCAGUGACCAGUAUGAGAGAGUGAGAGUGAUAACACCAAGUUUAACACACCUGCUCCCCCAUCACACCUGAGACCUUGAAACACUAAACGCAUCACAUGAAAUGAGGAAGGGAAAACGGCUACUUGGGCCCCAUUUGGACAUUAUCAUUUAGGGGUGCACUCACUUUUGUCGCCAGCAGUUUAGACAUUAAUGGCUGGGUGUUGCAUUAUUUUGAGGGGACAGCAAAUUUACACUGUUACACAAGCUACUACUUUACAUUGUAGUCAGUGUUGUCACAUGAAAAGAUAUACUUAAAUAUUUAGAAAAUGUGAGCGGAUAUAUUCACUUCUGUGACAUACUGUAUAUACAAGCACACAUGCACACUGUAUGUACACACAGUCCUAUUAUCUCUAUCCUGCAUGCAGGGGUGAAAUCUAAAAAUUUUCCCUACAGGUUCUGUGGGCAUAGCAUAAUUGGUGGGCGUGGCUUGGUCAGGUGAUCAGGUGGGCGUGGUCAAUAACAAUAAUAAAAAUCAUAAACAAAGUACACAAAACAAUAAGAGAUACCAAAAACCAACUUUCACAUACACACACACAACACAACACAACUGACUCACACACAAUGUAAAAGCAUCUGCACUUCACCCAAAAUGGCCCCUGCAACAAGCAGGAAUCUCACACAGCCACAAAAAACUCAGAAACCAACUUUCACACUUGACACACACACAACACAACACAAUACAACUGACUCACACACAAUGUAAAAGCAGCUGCACUUCACCCAAAAUGGCCCCUGCAACAAGCAGGAACCUCACACAGCCACAAAAAGCUCAAAAACCAACUUUCACACUUUACACACACACAACAUAACUGACUCACACACACAAAAUGCCACAUACAGCUUUGUGAGAUUUUGUGUGUUUUUGUAGUUAGAGUGAAACUAUAGAAACACCAAAUCUCUGAAAGCUGCACAAAAUUUUUAUUAUUUUAUUUUAUUUAUAUUUUUAGAUAAAAGCAGCUAAAUUUAAAACUUCCUUAACUUUAAAUUGCUGUCUAAAAAAAAACUCCUUAAAAAACCCCAAUUAACUAUUUUUUAAAGUCCUCCCCCCAGUUACUUACCCAAUUGGAGGCAGGCAGAUUGAAUUGCUCACCGAGGAGAUGGAUUGCAGGCAGGCAGAUUCAGUUGCUAGCUGAUGCAACUGAUUGCAGCAGCCGAAGGCUUAGCGAGCCCGAAAGAAGCAGCAAUUAGGCAAGCGGAAACAAGCCGAUUGCGUGGGUCUACAAAUAUGCACAUACCCACACACAGAGAGACUACAUACUUCCUAUUACCUCUAUCCUAUCUUCUAUUAUUAUCACAAUGUUUAUUCUACUCUACACUAUUAUUAUCUAUAGAUUAUGAUCUAUAUCAUAUAUGCAUCAAUGGUUCCUUCUUACAGAGCCUAUUAUAACUUUUAUUCCCUUUCUCUGGGAUUUCUUCUUUUUUUCUACUCUAUUAAUGGCCAGUAGGUAGAGCUCUUGCAUCUUACUAAAUUGUGCUUUCUUUUCCUGGGUACUUUCUUUUCCUGGGUACAUAUUUUUUCUGACUAUUCACUGCCUCUGUAGGAAAAACAGAAGGCUGCGAUACUUCUCAGUUUACUGGUGGCUGCAGAGCUCCAAAAACACACCUCACCUCCCACACCUGCGUCAAAAUUGUUGCUUUAUUGGCAUCUCUGUUGUGCUGAUGUGGGGGAAAGGCUGGAAUGGCAGUAGCAUAGGUGCUUGCAAUUUUGAAGACUGCUCUAGCAUAGGCUAGAAAACGGGUGUCAAACUCGCGGCAUCACAUUGCCGUCACAUGAUGUUUCGCGAAACGAGUGGGCGUGGCCUACACGUGAUGCAACCAGGGCCGCCAGUUUGACACCCCUGGACUAGAAGCUGGGGACCAUGAGUUCUAUUCCUGUCUUAGGUAUGAAAGACCGCUUAAUGACUUUGGAUCAAUCAUUCUUUUUCUCUCUAGGAAACAGGCAAUGGUAAAUCAUUUCUGAAAUUGUGUCACAAAAACUUGUCCAGGCAUUUGCCAGGAAUCUCAGAGAUGCAUGUAUGCACACAUACAUUUUUUU